UGGGAUUGUCUGAAAUCCCGAAGGAAUCCCUUCCCCAAUCGAAAAACCAAAAGACGAACCCAGAGCAAACCCAGAGCCUUCGCUCUAUUCUUCACUCCCUUUUUUUUUAAUAUAUACAUAUAUUUUUUUUUCUGAGAAGUCUCUCUUUUUUUCUCUCAAUUUUAUCAGUUUAAUUUCCAUUUAUCAGAUUCGUCAGUCCGACGUUUCUCGCAACUUCAACUAUGACGAUGAUGACUCCUCAACCUUUGGAUCAACAAGAAGACGAGGAGAUGCUGGUGCCCCACUCGGAUUUUGUGGAAGGCCCUCAGCCUUUGGUCGAAGGUCCUCAGCCAAUGGAAGUAGCACAGCCAGAGAAUGCUAGUACAGCAGAGAAUCAAGCUGUAGAUGAGCCACAAGCGUCAAGGUUCACGUGGACUAUUGAGAACUUUUCUCGCUUGAAUUUGAAAAAGCUUUAUUCCGAGGUUUUUAUUGUUGGCGGUUACAAAUGGCGCGUGCUCAUCUUUCCGAAAGGCAACAAUGUCGACUAUCUGUCAAUGUAUUUAGAUGUUGCUGAUUCAGCUGCCUUGCCAUAUGGGUGGAGUCGCUAUGCCCAGUUCAGCUUAGCUGUUGUUAAUCAAAUUCAUAACAAGUUCACUAUAAAAAAAGACACACAGCACCAGUUCAAUCAAAGGGAGAGUGAUUGGGGCUUUACGUCUUUCAUGCCUCUUAGUGAGCUUUAUGACCCGAGUAAGGGGUACCUCGUGAAUGACUCAGUUGUUGUUGAAGCUGAUGUUGCUGUACGGAAGGUCAUUGAUUACUGGACAUAUGACUCAAAGAAAGAGACUGGUUAUGUGGGCCUAAAGAACCAGGGAGCAACUUGUUAUAUGAAUUCUCUCCUGCAAACUCUGUACCAUAUUCCUUAUUUUAGAAAGGCUGUUUAUCAUAUGCCAACAACAGAGAAUGAUAUGCCUUCAGGAAGCAUCCCUCUGGCUCUACAGAGUUUGUUUUAUAAACUUCAAUACAGUGACACCAGUGUUGCAACAAAAGAGUUGACUAAAUCUUUUGGGUGGGAUACGUAUGACUCGUUUAUGCAGCAUGAUGUGCAAGAACUGAAUAGGGUUUUGUGUGAGAAACUUGAAGAUAAGAUGAAGGGAACGGUAGUGGAAGGAACAAUACAGAAGUUGUUUGAAGGGCACCAUAUGAACUACAUUGAAUGCAUCAAUGUGGACUUCAAAUCCACAAGAAAGGAAUCCUUUUAUGAUCUUCAACUUGAUGUGAAAGGCUGUAAGGAUGUUUAUGCUUCUUUUGAUAAAUAUGUGGAAGUUGAACGUCUUGAAGGUGAUAACAAGUACCAUGCCGAGGAACAUGGUUUGCAGGAUGCUAGAAAAGGUGUCCUCUUUAUCGACUUUCCUCCUGUGCUUCAGCUUCAGCUCAAGCGCUUUGAGUAUGAUUUUAUGCGUGAUACGAUGGUUAAGAUAAAUGACCGCUAUGAGUUUCCUCUGCAACUUGACCUUGACAGAGAGAGUGGCAAAUAUCUGUCCCCUGAUGCAGAUAGGAGUGUCCGCAAUCUCUACACACUUCAUAGUGUUUUGGUACAUAGCGGUGGAGUACAUGGUGGGCACUAUUAUGCUUUCAUUAGGCCGACACUCUCUGAUCAGUGGUACAAAUUUGACGAUGAGAGAGUUACAAAAGAAGAUGUUAAGAGGGCGCUGGAGGAGCAGUAUGGUGGUGAGGAAGAGUUGCCACAAACAAAUCCUGGCUUCAAUAAUACUCCUUUUAAAUUCACAAAGUACUCAAAUGCAUAUAUGCUUGUGUAUAUACGGGAAAGCGACAAGGAUAAAAUAAUAUGUGAUGUGGAUGAGAAAGACAUUGCAGAGCACCUCAGGAUACGGUUGAAGAAAGAACAAGAAGAGAAGGAGGACAAGAGAAGAUACAAAGCUCAAGCCCAUCUUUAUACCAUCAUCAAGGUUGCACGGGAUGAGGAUCUAAGAGAGCAAAUAGGAAAAGAUAUACAUUUUGAUCUUGUUGACCAUGAUAAAGUUCGAAGCUUCCGGAUACAGAAGCAAAUGCCUUUCAACCUUUUUAAGCAGGAGGAGGUUGCAAAAGAAUUUGGUAUUCCUGUUCAAUACCAACGGUUUUGGAUCUGGGCAAAGAGGCAGAAUCACACAUAUCGUCCCAAUCGCCCAUUGACACCUCAAGAAGAAACACAAACGGUUGGGCAGUUGAGGGAAGUAUCAACUAAAACUCAUAAUGCAGAACUCAAACUGUUUUUGGAAGUAGAAUAUGGACUGGACUUGCGUCCUAUUCCUCCACCUGACAAGACUAAAGAAGAUAUACUUCUGUUCUUUAAGCUUUAUGAUCCUGAAAAGGAAGAGCUUCGAUAUGUUGGCAGGCUUUUUGUUAAGUGUUCUGGAAAGCCAUCUGAAAUCUUGACGAAACUAAACGAAUUGGCUGGAUUUGCUCCAGAGGAAGAAAUUGAAAUUUUUGAGGAAAUAAAAUAUGACCCUAAUGUCAUGUGCGAGCGCCUUGACAGGAGGACUUCAUUCCGGUUUAGUCAGAUUGAAGAUGGGGAUAUCAUUUGCUUUCAAAAGCGCCUUUCACCUGAAAGUGAAGAACAAGUCCGAUAUCCUGAUGUUCCUAUGUUUUUGGAAUAUGUUAAAAAUCGCCAGGUUGUUCACUUUCGAGCUCUGGAGAGACCCAAAGAGGAUGAUUUUUGUUUAGAGUUAGCAAAGAACCACACUUAUGAUGAUGUGGUGGAAAGAGUAGCUCAACGGCUUGGUCUGAACGACCCAUCGAAAAUUAGGCUAACUCCUCACAAUUGCUAUUCUCAGCAACCAAAGCCCAAUUUCAUUAAAUAUCGAUCUGUUGAUCACUUACUAGAUAUGCUUGUCCAUUACAAUCAGGUCUCUGAUAUUUUGUACUAUGAGGUGCUGGAUAUUCCUCUGCCAGAAUUACAAUGUCUGAAAACACUGAAAGUUGCAUUUCAUUAUGCCACAAAAGAUGAGGUGAUAAUUCUCAAUGUUAGAUUGCCAAAACUGAGCACUGUAGAAGAUGUACUUAAUGAAAUUAAAACAAAGGUGGAAUUGUCCCAACCAAAUGCUGAACUUAGAUUGCUUGAAGUUUUCUAUCACAAGAUUUACAAGAUCUUUCCCCUGAAUGAGAAGAUUGAGAAUAUAAAUGAUCAGUACUGGACAUUACGGGCAGAGGAGAUUCCGGAUGAAGAGAAGAACCUUGGUCCUCAUGAUCGCUUAAUUCAUGUUUAUCAUUUCACCAAGGAAACGGCACAAAAUCCAAUGCAAGUUCAGAAUUUUGGGGAACCUUUCUUUUUGGUCAUUCGUGAAGGUGAAACUUUAGCUGAAGUUAAAGUGCGAAUUCAGAAGAAGUUGCAGGUUCCGGAUGAGGAAUUUUCAAAGUGGAAGUUUGCAUUUUUGUCACUGGGACGCCCUGAGUAUCUUCAGGACACUGACAUUGUGUCCAGCCGUUUCCAGAGAAGAGAUGUUUAUGGUGCUUGGGAGCAGUACCUUGGCUUGGAGCAUUCUGAUACAACUCCUAAAAGAGCUUACGUAUCUAACCAGAAUCGUCACACGUUUGAGAAGCCAGUUAAGAUAUACAAUUAAGGAAUCUUAAGAUGGGAUCUUUAGCUCCAAGCUUACUC